CAGAAGAUGAAGUAGCAGAUGCAGGACCAGUGACCCCAACCCAGCCCCACAUUGCCAUGGAUAUACUGCCAGUUUCCAGGCUGGCCCUUCCCGUCCCUAGACCCCAACUGGCCUGGACUCCACCCUGGAAUAAAUCUGGAUCUCCAACAGACCUGGGCACAACACCAGUCUCGGAAUGGUCCAGACCGGGACUGUUCCCGACUCUUCCCAACCUGACCCAGAGAUGCAGGCUCAUAGCCCCCAAACAACCCUAAUUUAUUCUCAGCACCAGUCCCUCCCCUUAGUUGUAUCUGCUUCCAAGGGGCCUGGACAGCAGCCCCCACAGCUGGCCCUCUUUGGCCUCGGGGGAACAGGAGCUAAUUUGGGCCAUGACUUUUGAGAUCUACCCCUGCCCCAGAAGGUCAUGAACUCCGACUCCAGGCCCUACUCAGGUAGGGGGGUAAAACAAGGCAGAAUAGGGGAGCAGAUCCUCGGCAUCCCAGGUCUAUUUCUCCACCCCAGUGCCACAGAGUGGACGUGGGAACCCUCAUGUGCCCCCUCCCUCGGGCCACCCAGCUUACGCUGAGGCCUCACUUUGUGCCGAGGUGGGCCAGUCCUUCCCUACCUCCUCACCCCUCACUGGGUAGCUCGGUGGCAGGUUGGGCAACAGAAGCCCUUAGGAUCCCUCCAGACCGAAGGAGAGCAGCUGGCUGCAGGCAAGGAUCUCCCGGGGCUGGUGGGGCAGGGACGCCUGCAAUUGCCCAAACUCCUCAUCUAGGGCUGUGGCCUGGCCUGAGGGCUCCAGGAACAGUGGGUGCUGGGCAACCUGGGAACCCCCCACCCCUAGACUGCCAUUCCCUGCCUGUGGCUGGAGGUCCUUUCUCCCCAGCAGCGCUGUUGCCCUGGGUUGCCUAGUCCAUCCCUCCCCCACCGCCAGCAUGAUACCUUCCCCCCCAAUCCCAGUCUCCAGUUUUGUUCAGUUGUGAAUGCUGCAUCCUGUCCUGGUGACAGGAGAACAAUGUUGGUGAAGUCGCAGCGGUGAUCCGUGCUCCCCUGGGUUGGUGGGGGGUGGAAGCCCUGGUAGCCUGCGAGCCCCGGUGAUAGCGCUCUAUCUGGGGCCGCAGCGUCUGUCUACUGGGCCUCCGGGUUAUUCCUGGCGGGUGGCAGCGCUGUGGUCGGUUUGGCCGGGGUGCUGGGGCCUGGCAGGGGCGGGGCGGCAUUAUCACUUGGCUCUCCAGCCAACGCUUAGCGCUCUAGAACAAGCCAGGUCACCAUCCUCUCGCCAUGGGCUCCGGACCGCGCCGGGCGCUGAGCCUGCUGCUCCUGCUGCUAGCGCCGCCCAGCCGCCCAGUCGCGGGCUGCCCCGCGCCGUGUGGCUGUGCGGGGACGCGCGUGGAUUGCGGGCGCCGCGGGCUGACAUGGGCCUCGCUGCCCGCCGCCUUCCCGCCGGACACGACUGAACUGGUGCUGACGGGCAACAAUCUGACGGCGCUGCCGCCGGGGCUGCUGGACUCGCUGCCCGUGCUGCGCGCCGCGCACCUGGGCGGCAACCCCUGGCGCUGCGACUGCCGCCUGGUGCCACUGCGCGCCUGGUUGGCCGGCCGGCCCGAGCGCGCGCCCUACCGCGACCUGCGCUGCGCCGCGCCCCCGGCGCCGCGCGGCCGCCUGCUGCCGUACCUGGCGGAAGACGAGCUGCGCGCCGCCUGUGCGCCGGGCGCGCUCUGCUGGGGGGCGCUGGCAGCGCAGCUCCUGCUGCUCGGCCUCGGGCUCCUGCACGCGCUGCUGCUGCUGCUGCUGCUGCUGCUGCUGUGUCGCCUGCGCCGGCUGCGCGCCCGCGCCCGCGCCGCGCACCCGUUGUCGCUGACCGCCCCGCUGGUGGCGGAGACGGCCGGAGCCAGCGAGUUCUACGAGUAGUCCUGAGAGGCGCUGAGCGACGCGGGCGUGCCAGCCCGACAGGACCCUGCUCCAAGGAGCCCUCGCCCUGACCCGGACCGGGGCUCGUCCUCCGCCUGGGCACAGUCUUCCAGACCCCACCACCCCCCUGCGGGCCCCGGGCCACACGCGCCCCUCUGCAGCGAGGCGAGCCAAAGCCCAGGACGCUUAGGCGGGUCAAGGGGGUGAGCUGCAGCCCAGCCCCUGCGAGGUUCCCCACACCAAACUCCAGUGCAGAAUAAACCCUUCUCCCAAUCUGA